UUUUUUUUGUUUAAUUUUGUUGUCAUUUUUGCAAAAGAAAUUUAUUUAUUUCAGUUAAAAAAAUAUUAGUUUAAUAUAUUUAUUUUCUUUUAUAUUGUAAAUUUAUAAUAAUUUUAAAAGAAAAACAAAAUAGAAUAAAGAAAACUAAGCAUGGACAAGCUUCGCAAAGUAUUAAGCGGCGAAGAUCGUACUCCUGAUGAGGAAAGCAGCAUAAUUCAACAAAUUAAUGAAGUUUCCACGCUUAGUUGGUCGACACGCAUCAAAGGCUUUUGUAUUUGUUUUGUUAUUGGAAUUCUGUUAUCAUUUCUCGGUUCCUUAGCUAUGUUUUUACCUCGUGGGAUCGUACUUUUUGCAGUCUUUUAUACUCUGGGCAAUAUUAUGUCCAUGGCAAGUACUUGUUUUUUGAUGGGGCCAGUUAAUCAAAUUAAGAAAAUGUUUGAUCCAACUAGACUUAUAGCUACAUGUAUAGUUUUGGUAACAUUUGUUUUGACAAUUAUAGCAGCUUGUGUGCUACAUAAAGCUGGUCUUACGUUAAUUCUCAUUAUUGUCCAGUCAUUGGCUAUGACUUGGUAUUCAAUAUCAUACAUUCCAUUGGCUCGUGAUGCUGUCAAAAAGACUGUAUCCAGUUGUCUUGAUGUUUGAUUUGACAUUUUUUUUAAUUAUUUAUUUGUAUUAUAUAUAUUUUUUUUUUUGAGAUGCACCACGUUCAAAAUCAUAUCUUUUCGUUUAGUGGUUAGAAAGUGAAAUAUGCCUCAACAGAGAGUCAACAGUUUGUUUUGAUUGAACUAAAAUGCACAAUAAUAGAAUAUUUAAAGUAACGCGACAAGUUUGAAAAUAUUUAAUAAAAUAUAAAAGUUAUUUGUUUUCUUUCUAAGAACAAAACAAAAAUAAAAAUUUUUAUUUUAUUUAAAAA